UAUUCUUCACUUACGUAUUUCAAAUAACCUUCUUCGCUGGAUGUAUGGCGUUGAGUGGGUACAGAGAAGAGAAAAGUCUUCAUCCGAUUACUUUUAAAGCGUGUGCACAAGAAGUAGAAGAUUUUCAAGGAAUCGAAAAAAAUGAAGAAUGUUCAAUGAGAAUAAUUAGAGAUAAACUGGGAGUCAUUCUCUCCUAUACACCAACGAAAGCGAUUGUAUUGAUUCUGUAUUUAAUCAAUUUAGGGUGCGGAUGUUUUGGAGUGUGUUUUAUAAAACAAGGAUUAGAUUUUCAGAAUAUGUAUCCAUCCGAUUCAGAAAUAUAUCAAAGUUCUCGAAUAUAUUACGAAUACUUUACCGAAUACUCUUUUCCUGUUCACAUAAUCAUUAACAAAACACUCGAUUAUUCAGACGAAAACGUUCAGAAAUCAGUGGAAGAUCUCCUUAGAAGAUUUGAAUCUCAUCCUCACGUUGCCGAUUCUCGCUUAACUGUUUCUUGGCUAAAUUAUUACAAAGUAUUUCAGACAAAUCCAUUUGCAAAAUACGCAUUGAGAGGUUACAACAUGUCGAACAAAGAUGAUUUCAUGGAAGGACUUCGAUUUUUUCUACGAUUUAAACUAGCCCAGCGAUUAUCAAACGAUUUGAUAUUCAGCCCGGAUGGAUCCGAGAUUACAUGCAGUCGAUUUUUUGUUCUCACGAAAAAUAUACAUAACAGAGAAAUUGAGAUUGCUACAAUGAAUGAUUUUUUUAAAAUUGCAAUUGAAGCACCUUUCCCGGUUAUUAUUCAUUCUGUAAUUGCAAGUCUAGUAGAACAAGGACUAAUCAUCGACGACUUAGCUAAACAACUGUUUUGGAUGACUGGGUUAUUGAUCGCAAUUAUUUUUUUCUGUGUGAUUCCGAACAUAUUCUGUUCUCUUGUAGUGGCAGUUUGCGUUGUUUCUACCACGAUAGAAACGUUGGGUUACAUGAGCUUGUGGGGAGUUAACUUAGAUAUAUUAUCUUUAAUAAGUUUGAUUCUGUGCGUCGGAUUUUGCGUUAAUUAUCCGGCUCAUAUUGCGUAUGCUUUUGUAACGUCAAAUUGCAAAACGUCGAAGGAUAGAAUGAAGGAUUCGUUGUAUCAUGUUGGCUUUCCUAUAAUUCAAGGAACUUUGUCGACUAUUAUAGGAAUACUUUUCAUAUAUAAAGAUUCGUACGCAGUCCUUACAUUUCUGAAAGUUGUGUGUUUACUCACAAUGGAAACUGCUUUUCACGCUUUAUUUUUUACUCCAGUUGUUCUUUCGUUGUUAUAUUCUUUCGUUUGUUUCAAACAAAAGGCAAAUUUUACAGAAGUAACAGAGAGAUUUGUUGAAUUAAAUAUGGAUCAGAAAUAACUGAUUUUUAACUUGUACCGUAUUAUAUGAUUAGAAUAUAACGGUUAUAUUGUUUAUUUA